CCAGCAUCUCCCCUCUCUCUCUGCUGCUCUUUGCUCAAUCUCUUUUCCCACCACCACCCCACCCACCGACAAGGACCCCUUGAUGAGUUGGUCGUCGUCCGUGUGCGGCGGCGGUGGCGGCGGCGGCGGCGCUGUCACACUGGUGGGGCUACUGGUUGCAGCUGUGGCAGCGAGCAUGUGGUUGCCCCUUGAGGUGGGUGCAGACCACGUUUACCUGUGCCGCAUGCCUGGUGGCUCUGGUAUUUGCGGCGCAGACGAGCACGGCGCCAUCAACUGCUGUGUGCAGGAGGACACGCUGUUUGAGGAGUGCGCGCCGCUCAUCCGCCUGUACGGCUUCACGCCGCAGUCCGUCCCCAGCCACUCCCUUCCCACGUGCGAGUGCACGCCAGCGACAGAAGCAUCGGAGGGAGGAGGUGGCGGUCCCACGCGGCGCCCAAUAACAACGUCCCUCACCAUCACCACCGCAGAGGGCGACACGGUGACCAACACCACCCAUGUCGCGUCUGGACCGGUCACGAAUGACGCCACGUCGAGCCUUGUGCUGGUUCCAGAGCAGCUGGAAUUCUUUCGUUGCCACCUGAGUGCGGCAAGCAAUCGGACGGUCGCCCUCACCUUUCGCGGUGGCGUGGACGCGGGGGUGCGCGACGCCAUCUACGAGCUCCUCCCAAGCAACGCCACCAUCGACCUCACCUUCUCCUACUUUGUGCACGCUGACGCGGGUCGCCUGUCCAUGCUGUUGCUGCCCUCGCCCGAGAACGGCCUCCAAGUGCACUCGCUCACGGUUGAGCACUCACCAACGCGCGGCAUCAUGAACCUGUUCUGGCAGCGGUGUUUCCGCCUGCGCGUGGUGAACUUGGCCUUGCGCCACUGCCAAAUCACCGAUCUCUUCCUCUCCGCCAACAAUGGCGCCGAGGACCCGUUUCUCAACUUUGACACCUUCGACGUCAGCUACAACCAGUUCAGCACGCUGCACCGGCAGAGCGCGCGCUACGGCCCCAAGCGCAUCAUUUACGAUGGCAACCCGCUCGUCAGCAUCACCGACGACUUCCUCUACAACCGCGUCAACGGCCGCCACUUCACGGAGAGCGUGGAGCACCUGUCCAUCCGCCACGCCACGGGGCCCUUGGACCUGACGGGCCUCCUGUCCAUGCCGCUGCCAAACCUCCGCGUGCUCAACGUCUCGCACACGCCGCUCUCGCGCCUCCGCGGGAAAGACCUCUUCACGGGGAUGCCGCGCCUGGAACGCGUCGACAUGUCCUCGUGUAAUCUUCGUGUGGAGCACCGCAGCGGGCUGGUGUCGCUCGUCUCCUCCCCGGCCCUCCGCGUCAUCCGCCUCAGCGACAACCUCCUCUUCUCUCAACUCGACAUUGUCGACUGGCACCUGCGGCAGCUGGACCUGCUGGAUGUCAGCAGCAACACCAUCGGCGUGAAUGUCACCGGCGACACCUCGCUCGGGGUGCGUGUGCUCAACCUCACCUCCGCUCGCAUCGUGCUUGACCUCUCGCCCUCGCUGUUCCACCACAACAUGACGCACCUGCUGCUGUCAGACCUGGUCAUUGUUGACCGCUCCCUGGCGCCGAUCCCCGGCGUGAACCCGCCCGACAUCGACCCUUUCCUCAUCAGGGACAGCCCCAGCGAUGGCGCCUACCAAUCAUCAUCAGCAUCUUCAUCACCACAAUCAUCAGAGAGCAAGCAGGGCGGCCACAGUGACGGGGCUGCCGCUGAUGUGACGAGCUGUUCCCGCUUGGUGAACCGUGAGCAGCUGCAGCUGCUGCCAAACCUGCGCGUGGUCACCCUGCGCCGGCUUGGCGCGUGCCACUUUGGCUCCGCCCCCUUUGCCCCGCUCGCACAGUUGGAGCACCUGGACAUGGCGUAUGUGCGGCUGCCGCCGGCUCGCCUGCACGACGUGCUUGCAAGCAUCGGCGCCUCCAUCCGCCACCUCAACCUGACCAGCACCGCCGUCACCUCUGCCAUGCUGGAACAGGUUGCUGCGGCCUGGCCUGACUUGGAGGUGCUGGACAUCAGCAACACGGCUGUCGACUCCCUGCUGCCACUACGCCACACGCCAAAGCUGCGCGUGCUCGACGUGAGCUUCACCCGCAUCACCACACUCGAGCCCAUCACCACGGGCCAGCUGCCGCUGCUGACAACGUUGCGCGCCGCCAACGUGACGCGGCUCACGCACCUGGGCGGGGCGGGGGCGCUGCCGUCGCUGCCGCACCUGCAACACCUCACCAUAUCGGGCACCGGGUUGACGCGCAUCAGCGACAACGCUUUCGCGGGAGCCUCCAAUCUCGUGUCGCUUGAGUUCUCGUUCAACGACGGCCUGCGCCACGUGUCGCCGUCGCUGCUGGACGCGCUGUCCGCAACGCUGCAGACGCUUGUUCUCAAGUUCAACGCCUUCCCACUGCCCCGCAUUCCCUGCGACCGGCUGCUGGCCCUUGACGUGGCAGGGUGUGUCGGCGCAACGGCGACGCUCCCCGAUGUUGGAAGCUGCCGCCAGCUGCGAUACUUGGACAUAUCAUCCGCUGGUUUGACGGCAUUGCCGGACACGCUCGCGCUGCCGUUCCUGCAGGUGCUGGACAUCUCCAACAACGGGAUUGGCCCGCUGCUGCCGGCCGUGGUUCCCCGCAUGUUUGCGCUCACGCACCUCUUUGCACAGCACAACGCCAUUGAGCUCCUCUCUGCGCAGCAGCUGUGCAACCUGGCGUAUGUGCGACACGUCGACCUCUCGCACAACCGCCUCGCCUACGUGCAGGACGAUGUCAGCUGGGACGCGGGCGCAACCGCGGGCGAGGACAACAUGUGCAGCCUGGAGACAGUUGCGCUGCUGCUGCGCGGCAACCCGGCCCUGCGCGACAUCCACCCGCUCUUCCGCGUGUUCCCGAAGAUUGUGCAGCUGGACGUUGCUGGCAACGCCGCGCUUCGCCUGACACACGUGCAGGCGAGCGACACGCUGCUGCGCACCCUGCGCGUGCUGGACAUCUCUGGGACGCAGUCGGACAUGUCGGAGAACUGGUGCGAGUCUGAGGACAGCCUGGAGGUGCUCAUUGCACGGAACCUGCGGCUGGACGUGUCGCGCAACACCGAGUACCACCGCGUGCGUUUCCUGGGCGUGUGUUUCCGCCACCUGCGCGUGCUUGACGUGUCGGACAAUGCAGACUACAUCACGCUGCGCCACCUCCGCUCGUCCAUUGGCGCGCUGCGUUUCAGGCAGGUCUCUCCAACCGUCAUGAAUGCCGCCCUGACCAGCAUGGGCGACACACUCGCAGCUGCUUCGUCGGCGGCGUCUGCUGCUGCGGUCGCGUCUGCGAGCCGUGGUGAUGCCCACACGUCAGCGACGGCAACGACAACGACAACGUCCACAACCCAGGAUGCAGCGACGCUUGCCUCUGUGCGCUGUCACGGGGAUGAGGACAGCACGCCCGGCCGGUUCCUGACGCGGCUGGAGCUGGAGGGCCUGUAUGCCACGUGCGCCAUCUCGCAGUCGCACGUGCCUGCCAUGGUGGACCUGUCCUUCCCGCGCCUGUACAACGUGCCUGCGCUCGAGUACACGUGCACGUGCAUCCCGGCAUACACGGAGACGCGCACGGGCGAGUGUGUGCCGCAGUCGCAACCGCAGUGGCCGUACGCUGUCGCUGGCUCGCUGGGGACCGUUGCUGCGCUGCUGCUUGGGCUUGCUGUGUGGCGCAGCGCCAAGUACUGGCAGCAGGUGCACUAUGACCUUGACCUGCGCGCAAAGCUCAUUGACGAGAAGGAGAUGGAGAACCUGCAGCUGCGGGAGGCGUGGGAGGCCAAGGCGGCGGACGUCGUGCUGCAGCAGCGCAUUGACGCCCAGUCCCCAGGCACGUUCAGCCAGGUGUGGCGCGGCAUGUGGUUUGACCAGGUUGUGGCCGUGAAGGUGCUCAACAAGCACGCGUGCGGCGGUAUGCUGGGCAGCACGCUCGGCGGCUGCCUUGCUGACGUGGACGACGACCACGGUGGGCGCGGUGGCGGUGUGGGCGCGGGCUUCUCGCCCGAGUUUCGGCGGGAGGUUGAGUUCUUCAUGACGUCGUGUCGCCACAAGAACGUGGUGCAGUUUCUUGGUGCGGGCCGGCUGCAGGACGACUCGCCAUUCAUCAUCUUGGAGCUGGUGCCCAAUGGGUCGCUGGACGUGUUUCUCGGCACAAGCGUGUGGAAGACGGCGGAUAGGCGCAACACGCGGCGCGCGAGCAUCGCUGGUGCUGGCUUGGAGGGCGAAGAGGCGAGGGGUGGUGAUGGUGAUGAUGGUGAUGGUGAUGGUGAUGGUGAUGGCACUGCAGCUGAGCAGCGUCGCGCGGUGGUGUGGGAGCAGCGCAUGCGGUUUAUGCACGGGAUUGCGCGCGGGAUGGAGCACAUCCACGGCAAGGGCCUGGUGCACCGCGACCUCAAGACAGCAAACGUGCUCGUGUCCGCACGCCUGGAGCCCAAGAUUACAGACUUUGGCACGCUGCGCACACUGUUUGAGGACCCAGCGGUGUCCAUGAAGGGCAGCAGCAACAGCAGCGGCAAGGAUUCGCGGCCGAGCGCAGUGUCGCCGUAUCUGACCUCUGCAGUGGGCACGCCGCUGUACAUGGCACCCGAGGUGCUGGCUGGGGAGGGCGCAUACACGGCUGCGGCAGACGUGUGGUCGUUUGGCGUGGUGGCGUGGGAGCUUGCUGCGCUGCGUGCACCGCUGCUGCUUGAGGAGAUUGGCAAGUCAUCGCGCGGCCCAAUCCUGGCCAAGAUGCAGGAGGCGCUGCAGGCCGGCAACCGGCUGUCGCUGGACGAGGCGUGGCCCGAGUGGCUGCGCGGCCUGCUACUGAGGUGCUGGAACAGGGACUGGCAGCGGCGGCCGUCGUUCAGGGAGAUUGCGCGCAUAUGCGACACGCUCCUGGCCAACAUUCCUCCUGCCAUGCUUGCUGCGUCGGCCUCGCACGACCACCUCAACACGUCAUCCGUCUAGCACACCCAUUGUGCGUGGGCAGGAGUUGUGUGUGUGUCUGUCUGUCUGUC